UCCACGUACUCCCCUCUAGUUCUCGGUGUAGACUGAAACCAGGUCUAGAUUUUAGUACGCAUCAGAAUCUCGACUAUGAGGAGGUUUCACACGGGCGAUCGCAUCCUCGGUAGAUUCUUAUCGAACAGCCAACAUGACGCAGGCUUCACAGCAGACGAAAUUUCGAUGGACCGAGAAUCUCACCUGCCGGUUCAUUCAGCUCAGAAAGGAAAAUGGAAAGCUCUUUACUGGCCGCAAAUAUUCCGCCCAGGCAGGAUGGGAAUACAUACUGCAACAGAUGCGGGAGGAGUUUCCCACCAUUAUGGCUAACGUACACUACAGGGUGCUGAAGAAGAAAUGGUCCAACCUGUUGCAGCAGUACAAAGAACUGAGGAACCCGGUACACGGAGACAGAAACAAGGCGGACGACGUCUCUUGGCCCUUUUACAGCGCGAUCGACGAGCUCCUGGGACACGACCGCGGCGGAACGCCGAAUCACGACGAGUACAUCGAUCCCCACGAAUUCCUCUGCGUAUCCGUGACGCCGGAAGAGCCCACAUCCUCGGUGGACGCGCUUCCUGUCGGAUCUGACCCGGAAAUCGAGCGACGAGAUGUCGAUUUCCACCCCGAACAACGGCUACGGACGUUCAGCGACGACUCGAUUCAAAUCGAACGACUACCGUCGCGCGGAACCACCAGCGACGUCGUCAGAAAAACCAAAGACCCGUCGGUUUUCAAGCAAACGAGCAGAAGUUACGCGAGAAGGAAACGCGAGCCGAGGAGUGUGCUGAUGCCGCGGUUGCCGCGCGCCACGGAGCUCACGAUCAGGAAAGUGACGUCGGAGGCGGACUACACUAAGGACUUGUCGAGGGUACGGGGAAACGACGUCGUCGAUUCCACCAGAGACAAAGGACAAGCGGCCGAGGCGCGUAACGAGGAUGAGGAAAGACCAAGAAAGUCGAGGAGAACGCGAGCCCCGUAUCGCGAGGAUCACGAGUCACGGACCGAUCGUCGUAUCGAGCAGAUCUUCGAGUAUAUCAAACGACGGGACGAGGAGAAUAGAUCCAUCAUGAUCCGAGUGAUGCACGCCGUGGAGACCAUGGCCAAUAAGCUGUGACGCAGCUCUACCGAAGAAGGAUCACAUUCAAAUACAUUUAUUUCCUUUUCCCCCUGGAAUGGCUAUGUAAUCGAUCGAUUAAUG